AUGCUCUCGCCGGACGCAUUUGAGACGUCCCAGGGGAGCCGGAGAGGAAUGAUGGGUUUUUGCUGGAGCGGGGAGUGUGGCAACAGACCUUGCUGGGGAGACCAUUAUGUGCCCUGCUGCGCUGGUUGGGUGGGCCCCACUGUGCUGCUCUGCAUCUAUGGUUUCUGCUCCAUGAUGAGGCCCAUAGAGCCCUUCCUGACAGAGUUUCUCACAGGAACUUACAAAAAUCUCACCGCCGAACAGGUGACUAGACAGGUGUAUCCUGUGUGGACUUACUCCAACCUGGUUCUCCUCGUCCCAGUCCUCCUGGUGACAGACUUUCUCAGGUACAAGCCUGUAAUCAUCCUCCAGGGGAUCACCUAUGUCACAACCAUGCUGCUGAUACUGUUUGGCUCGGGGGUCCACUUGGCUCAGUUGGCCUUCUUCUGCUACAGCGUCGCCAUGGCUGCAGAUGUGGCCUAUUUCUCCUACAUUUACACCAUGGUUCAGCCCAGAUAUUAUCAGAGAGUGACCAGUUAUGUCAAAGGGGCCAUACUGCUGGGCUAUGCUGUGGGUGCCAUGCUGGCUCAGCUGCUUGUGUCUUUGGGUGGAGUGUCCUUGGGUUGCUUAGCUUUUAUAACUCUCAUCUCCGUGUCCGUUGCACUGUUAACCUCCUUUUUGCUGCCCAUGCCUAAGACGAGUUUAUUCUAUAAGGGGACAGAUUCUGCACAGCAGGGAACCUCAGGCGAGGGAACUCCAGACUCUGAGGACUUUUCCAUCUGGGCAAAAAGCAAAACGGCUGCAAAGCAUGUUGGGGGGAAGUUCAGAGGGCUUGUUUUGGACUUUAAGGAAUGUUACUCCUCUAUGGCCAUGCUCUUCUACUGCAUAUGGUCAGCUACAGGGACAUGCGGCUUUUACCAGGUGUCCGCCUACAUCCAGCUCUUCUGGCUACAUAUCCAGCCAGGCAAUUUCACAGCCUACAACGGAGGGGUGGAUGCUUUCAGCACACUGACAGGAGCUGCAGCCUCUGUUGCUGUGGGACACAUGUCUCUGGAGUGGUCUGUGUGGGGGGAACUGGUCCUCGGGGGUUUCACAUUCGUGGUCGCUGGAGCCAUAUUUCUAAUGGAUCUGACUGACAACAUCUGGAUCAGCUACAUGUGCUACUCCCUCUUCAAAACGGUUUACUUGCAGCUCAGCACCAUCUGCACUUUUCAGAUAGCCAAGACGCUGAACAGGACGCGCUAUGCGUUGGUGUUCGGCAUGAACAGUUUCGUGAACACGGUCCUCCAGAGUGUCCUCACAGCCAUCGUCAUCAACAGUCUGCAGCUCGGCAUCACCUCGCAGUACUUUGUCUACGCCUCAUUCUUUGCUGCCAUUUCCCUGCUGUUCACAGUCAGAGGUGUUUAUACUGUGCUCCACAUGAAACGUCCCACUGGAGGCAAUCAGGCAGAGAGAGCCACCAACCUGCCAGAGGGCCCACGUCCUUGAAGACUCUCUGAGGCACAAAGGAACAUGAGGAUUUUUAUCACAACUGUCAUCAAUUAUUACAGCGGCAGCAGACGGCGGCGGCAGAAAAACAUAUUUGGAGAUGUGCAUAUGUGUUCACGGCGAUGUUCGAUCCGUCACGUAAUAACUGUGGUGGAGUUGUUUAUCAGUCUGUCAUCAGCUGGAUUCAAUCGAUUGUGCAGAAUCAUGGAGUGAAAGUGCAACGCCUACAUGCUGCCACUAGAGCACGCUACCUGCACAGUGUAAAAUAUGAAUACUGAAAGAAAACUCCACUCUGCCACAGAAACGUUAGACUGUAAUGUGCAUGUAUGUUUUUGAACAUAACAAGUAUGGCAGAAUGAAUUACAGAGUAUUUACAGUUCAGGUGCCGACAUGUUUAGAACAUGAAGUGUUUUUUUUAUGUAUUUGCCAUGAAAAUAUUUUGUUUCUGUUUUAUUUUGUAAUUCUUUGUGUCUUCAACCUUUGUUUAAUUUCCUGCCACUUUUAAUCAUCUGUUCCAGUCUGAUUAGUUUCACCUGUCCCUGAUUAGUUCUCACCUGUGUCUCGUUAUCCCGUCUUCAUUUGUGUAUUUAAUCCGGAUGUUCCUUGGCUUUCCCUGUGUGUGUUUCACCAGUCCUUUAUUCUGUCCUCGGUUCUGCAUUUGCUUCCUGGGUCUGCAUUGUUUCAGUCUUUGUGCUUCUACCUGCGUUCCUAAUUUUGGAUUUUUGUUGACUGAACUUCCGCCCGCCUUAGGCGUCAUUAAAAGCUCCCUUUGGUUCACCAUA